AGCUCCAGUCUGUGUGUGUGUGUUUGUGUGUGUGUCUUGGCUGAAGCGACGAGCAAUCACAUCCAUCCUCACAACACAAACACCCAGCAUUUCUCAACGUGCGUGUGUUUGUGUGGGCCGCCUUGUGGAUUGCGUGGAAUCCUGCUGUUUUGCUGCAUUGCAGCGUGAAAAGUGUUUUCUUUUUUUUUUUUUUUUUAAGGAGUGGAUCCUGGCUGUUCUAAGUUGUUUUUGCCUUCUACUCGUACAGGAGCAUGGCUGCGUGGCUCUGUGACUAUUGUUGACGUGUGGGGAUGUUCCUCCAAGCCAUGUGGAUCCUACUUUAGGAUCUUUAAAGUGUGAAGUUUGGGCGAGGCGAGCCGCAUCUGCAACAUCGACAACAGCGGGUGCGUGGCGGAGAGAGGUCCGGACACAUUUAUUUGGAGGACAUCAGCCAGGAUGAGGUGCCUGUUGGACUUUUUAAAUUGUACUUAAAGACAGAGGAGACUUAAACAUCUGCAGGAGCAGACCUUCUGAUUGUGCAUCUGCCAAAAGCCACAUUUCACGUUUGCGUAUCGACCCAAGCAAAAGACAUCAGACAUGAAGAAGUUUCGGAAGGUGCUGGACGGGUUGACCACCUCUUCACCAGGUGGCGGGACUAUGGGAUCGCCCUCGUGCGGCAGCGCGGCUGGGACCCCCACCACAGCGCCAACUCCCAAAGAGAUCGAUGUGCAAGAGACACUUGUGUCGGAAAACUUUCAGCUGUGCAAGACGGUGCGCCAUGGUUUCCCCUACCAGCCCACUGCUUUGGCCUUUGACCCUGUGCAGAAGAUUCUGGCCAUCGGCUCCAGAUCAGGUGGUGUUCGGAUACUUGGACGACCUGGGGUGGACUGCUUCUGUCAGCAUGAGAGUGGUGCUGCUGUUCUUCAACUUCAGUUCCUGAUCAAUGAGGGGGCAUUAGUCACAGCGUGCGCUGAUGACACGUUACACUUAUGGAAUCUUCGUCAGAGGCGACCAGCUAUCCUGCAUUCGCUCAAGUUCAACAGAGAGAGGAUCACAUUUUGCCACCUUCCCUUUCAGAGUAAAUGGCUUUACGUGGGGACGGAGCGCGGGAACACACACAUCGUCAACAUCGAAUCCUUCAUUUUGUCUGGAUAUGUCAUCAUGUGGAACAAGGCCAUCGAACUAUCAACUAAAACUCAUCCAGGACCAGUCGUUCAUUUAAGUGACAGCCCAAAGGAUGAAGGCAAGCUUCUCAUCGGUUUCGAGAGCGGGACAAUAGUACAGUGGGACCUCAGGGCCAAAAAGGCUGAUUUCCGAAUUUAUUAUGAUGAGGCUAUCCACUCUGUCAGCUGGCAUCAUGAAGGAAAGCAGUUCAUGUGCAGCCACUCAGACGGCAGCCUGACCUUGUGGAACCUCAGAAACACCUCCAAACCCGUACAGGUCACCUUUCCACAUGGUAAAAUCCAGAAAGAUGGGAGGAAGGAGUCAUGUAAACCAAUACUCAAAGUGGAUUACAAAACCACAAGGAACAGUGAGCCUUUUGUCAUCUUCUCUGGAGGUCUUUCAUACGACAAGGCAGGACGGCGGCCUACAUUAACCAUCAUGCACGGCAAGGCCAUUACAGUUUUAGAGAUGGAUUAUCCUAUAGUCGAGUUCAUGACACUCUGUGAGACUCCAUAUAAUAACGAGGUCCAGGAUCCUUUUGCAGUGGUCGUACUUUUAGAAAAAGAUUUAAUUGUGGUGGAUCUGACACAAAGCAACUUCCCUGUGUUUGAGAACCCUUACCCAAUGGACAUCCAUGAGUCACCCGUUACCUGCACAGCUUAUUUUGCAGACUGUCCUCCAGACAUCAUCCCUGUCCUUUACUCCAUUGGAGCUAAACACAAGAAGACUGGUUACAGUCAAAAAGAGUGGCCAGUUAGCGGGGGAAUGUGGACAUUGGGCUCGCACACUUACCCAGAAAUCAUCAUCACUGGACAUGCAGAUGGGUCGAUCAAAUUUUGGGAUGGCUCUGCAAUCACACUGCAGAUGUUGUACAAGUUGAAGACCUCCAAGGUGUUUGAAAAGCCAAAGCCCAGUGAGGGUCGUGCAGCAGAAUUGGUGGAUGAAGACCCCUUUGCCGUCCAAAUGGUCAGCUGGUGUCCCCAGAGUCGCAUCUUUUGCGUCGUUGGGAUCUCGGCCCACAUCAUCCUGUAUCGCUUCAGCAAAUACGAUGCCAACACUCAAAUUGUGUCCCUGGAGGUGCGACUGCAAUGUGAGUCGGAGGAUGUCAUUUCUCCAUCGGAAAAUGAAAACAACCCCUGCUUCUCAGAGCCACACUCAGGCUCUCACUCUCCCCAGCCCCACCACCAACACCCAGCAAGCCCUGGUGGCGGCACACCGGAGGGUGUCAAAGACAGCGCCCUCUGCCUUAAGGUAAAAGAUCGGGUGGCGCGUGUACCUCCUGGCUACCAGGCAGAGCUGGUCAUCCAGCUGCCUUGGAUGGAUGGAGAACCUCCACAGCAAAUCUCAAGCCUAGACAUCAACUCCGCCUAUGGCCUUUUGGCAUUCGGAAACUGUAAUGGCCUUGCGGUGGUCGACUACUUGCAGAAAACCAUCCUGUUGUGCAUGUCCACUCUGGAUUUGUACGGAGCCGCUGAUCCCUACCAACGCCUUACCCGAUCCCCCCGCAGGAACAGACAGUCCACCUCAGAAUUUUGCAUGCGUGGCCUGUCUAACUUUUAUUCCGAUUCAAAGAAAAGGAUCCGUACAUCCUACCAGAGCCUUACUGAACUCUCUGACAACCAGCAGUCUGUUGACAUGGAGAGAAGCAAGUCACCCACCUCAGUUCAUUACCCAACCUCCCUUCACAAUGACCCACGUGUCCUGCCAGAGCCGGUGGCCAGUCUGAGAGCCAGCCACUGCAGCCCAGUCUUUUACUUGUUGGACAAUGUAAAGGGACCCGGCAGAAAGUUAAGUCUGCCAACAGAUCUUAAGACCGAUCUUGAUCAUGUCAAUGGACAUUGCACUAGCCCCACCUCCCAGCCCUGCUCAGCAGGGAAGCCUCGCAUCCCGAUGGGUCCCGAGGGGCCACGGCUUGCCCGCAGAGGCCCCGGCCGACCGCCAUUCCGCAAGGCCCAGUCCGCUGCUUGCAUGGAGAUCUCUUUGCCUGUGUCCCACACUGAAGGUUAUGCAUCCAGGAGGGCAAUGCUCCAGCAGUUACAUGGAGUCACAAUGUACUCUCACGACGAACACCACACCGCCACCCCCUACUGCUGGAGUGACAGAGAGAGUCGCGAAAACUCCUUCAGCCGCUCCCGCAGCUCCAGUGUCUCCAGCAUCGACCGGGACACCAAAGAGGCAAUCACCACACUGCAAUUUGGGGAGUCUUACGGGCGAAAGAGUGACGCACUGCCUACACCGUGUCUAUGGGUGGGCACCAGCCUUGGUGUCAUCUUAGUCAUCCCCAUGUCCAUUCCCACUGACCAGGAUGAGAGGAUGGAGGAGCCUGUCACCAUUGGUCCCAGUGGAGCGGUUCUGAUGCUGAAGGGCUCUGUGUUGCGCUUUGGCUUCCUGGACUGCAUGGGUGCGCUCAUUCAAAGCCCCUACGAGGUUUGGCGUGAUCUCAAUGCCCCAGAAGACCCCGACCGACCACGAAAGCGCAAGCUGGUGCACUACUCGCCCUCAUCCUCCCAAGACACCUGCGGGGAAGGACAUCUGGCAAUAGUUUGCUCCGAGAGGCAGGCCAAAGUAUUCCUGAUGCCCUCACAGUCUUGCCUGUUUGUCCACAACAUCACAGAAUCGUCUUUCGUCCUGCGAGCCGAUGUGGUGUCAGUGUGCAACAGUGUGUGCCUCGCCUGCUUCUGUGCCAACGGACAUGUCAUGACACUCAGUUUGCCCAGUCUAAGGCCGUUGAUGGAUGUCAGCUACCUGCCUCUGACAGACAUGCGCAUUGCAAGAACCUUUUGCUUCACCAACGGGGGGCAAGCACUUUAUCUCAGCUCCCCGACAGAGAUCCAGAGAAUUACAUACAGCCAGGAGAUGUACGACAAUCUUCAGGAAAUGCUGGGAGAACUGUUUACACCAAUAGAAACACCAGAGGCCCAGAACCGAGGCUUCCUAAAGGGCUUCUUUGGAGGAAAUGCUCAUACGUUUGAUAGAGAGGAGCUAUUUGGUGAGGCAGCAGCAGGUAAGGCUUCCAGGAGUCUGGCCCAGCACAUCCCUGGUCAGGCAGGGGUGGAGGGCAUGAAGGUGGCAGCUAGCGGGGCAGUUGGUGAGCUGGCCCGAGCCCGCAUCGCUCUGGAUGAGAGAGGCCAGAGACUGGGUGAGCUGGAAGAAAGAACUGCGCUCAUGAUGACCAGUGCAGAAACCUUCUCCAAGCACGCUCAUGAGCUCAUGUUAAAGUGCAAGGACAAGAAGUGGUACCAGUUUUAAUCACCAAACAAACAAGUGAGGUCAAACGAUGGAUUUCUGAGGGCUUCGUGCCAGGACAGAAACUUUGACUCCACAGAUGAGCAAGAAAGACACAAGAAUGACUUUCUCUUUAUGGCUUCCAAGCCGAGCGUGCAGCUUUGUCACACAGUUGGAGGACGGGAUAGUUCCUCAUUUGAAUGACAGCGGGGAAUCUGGAGGACUGCCCGUCAGCGUGUGUGCCCGUGUGCGUGUCUGCGUGUGUGUGUGUGUGUGUGUGUGUGUGUGUGUGUGUUCUGGCAGGGUUUGGUUUUCAGGACCUCACUGUGUAGAUACUCAACCAUUAAGAAAUCAACAAGACAUGCAUGAAACAAAUACGGAAUGACUAUCAAAAUAUCCAACUGCCAUAUUAAAAAGCAGCAUGCUUACUUUAAUGCUACUUUAACAGGAGAGUCAAUUAUGAAUUUUUUUAUUUAUUAAUAUAGCCAACUACAGAACCUAUGAAAAACUUUCUAUUUUUUGAAAUAUUGACAAAAUCUAUAUAUAAAAAAACCAGAAAUGUAUACCUGCAUUGCUAUUAAGCCAAAACUUGUGUUACUUGUUCCUUUCCCUCACAUUUUUUUUCUUUUUCGCAAAUAUUUCUUGACACACUUCAAAUGCACAUAGUUAGCAAUCAGUACACAUACUCAAAUAAAAUAAAAAGGGCAGGGGCAUAUUCUAGGGCAGGGGUUCUCAAAUGGUCUCAACGCGGGACCCACAUUUUCCAGUGAUCAUUAAGUAGCUAUCCACUUUUAUUUAAGUCAAAUGAUGCAAAUUAUUAUUAGUUUUUAAUUGACUGUCAUCUCUUCAAACAUGAAUAUACCUAAUUACAUGUCCAAAGUGCAUUUUAGAGGAAUGUAUUAAGGAAAUAAUGAGGAACAUAACUGCAUGCAAACAAAUACGUAAAUGAAAAUGAUAUAUUUUUUUAUUAUCUAAAUAAUAACAAUACAAAUUAAUUAAAUACCAUUAAAGCCGAUGUUUAAUUCGUAACUAGAUGACUAAAAUAUUGCUUAAUUUUACUUAGAAAAAAUUGCAAAUUGCCAAAAUGACAUAUUUUAAUGUAAUUUUUGACUAGCUUUCUGCGACCCACCCCGAAUCGAUUCACGACCCAAUUCUAUUUAAGUUAAAUGAUGCAAAUGUAUUAUUUUUUUAAUCGACUGUGUCACCUUUUAAAACAUUAAUACACAUAAUUACCGAUCCAAUGUGCAUUUUUGAGGAAUUUAGUAAGGCAAGGAAAUAAGGAGGAAUAUAACUGCAUGCAAACAAAUAAUGCAUAAAUUAUAAUUUAUUUAAAAAUGUAUAAUUAAUAUAAAUAAUAAUACAAAUAAAUAUAAAAAUUGCAGUUAAUAAGACCACAAAAACAGAUAUUUCACUUACAACUGGAUGACUAGAAUAUUGCUCAGUGUUACUUCAAAAUAAAGACGCACUUUUAUUCAAGUCAAACAAUGCAAAAGACAUCUUUUUUAAUAGAGGAACAUAACUGCAUGCAUACAGUAGAAUGCAUACAUUGAAAUUAGUAUUUACUUAAAAAUAAUACAAAUAAUCAUAAAAUAUAUACAAAAAUAAAAGCAGUUAUUUCACUCACAACUGCAAUAUAAUUAUGGCUCAAUUUUACUUCAAAAAUAAUAAUUUCAAAAAAAAGAAGUCAGACAUUGGUUGUAUAUUACAUAUUUUACGGUAAUGUUUGAGCAGCUGUCUGCGACCCACUUUCGGGGCCCGACCCACCAAUUGAGAAUCACUGCUCUAAGCGGCAUCAUAGUGCAACCAAGUAUUUUUCCUCUUAAUCUGGUUUAAUUUGCCUUGUAGUUGCUGCUACUUCUAUAAAAACUAUACACGAUGAGGCGAUGUUUCACUCCCCGGCUGCAGCUGUAUGGAAACCCCAAAAAGACUAGUGUGACAUGUAUGCAAAGGCUUGGAGAUGUGGACACUGUAUGUUUAUAUUAAUCUACGGUAUAUAUUAUUCAUGUGCCAUAAAAAACACACACACAAGAUGAGGGCAAUCAAUGUAAAGUAAAUAAGUGCUAGUAGGGCACCAUUCCUGGGGCAUUUACUCAAGUUUUCUUUUGUAAUAAGUUUUUUAGUUUGACUUUGCCAGAUGUGCAAGUUCAGUGGGCCAUUAGGAUGUGUGUGUACGUGGAAGAUUGUGUGCCACACGGUAAGAAGAAAAAAUACAAUCCACUCUGCCAAAGCGAUGAAAAAGGACUACCACCCACCCUCCCAUUCCACUCCAAUCCAGUCGUUUCAAGUUGUGAUUCGUGUAUUUUCAGGAUCUUUGAUAAACUUGAGUGUUGUUGCUGUCCGUGUGAAGGCAGUGCGAAGGGGCGUCGGCAUCACACCCCCUUGUGAGUCGUUUAUCAGUAAAUGGUUCCGAAAAGAGGGAAAAAAACCCAGUAUUUUUCCAGUGAUAUUCUGAUGUGAGUCAGUGAAGAUGUACAUGUGUAAAAAAAAAAAAAAAAAAAAAAAGAAACAGCAGCAGUUUCAA